CUUGUUUAGUUCACGAUAGCGAUAUUAAUCAUACUGCAGAGCCCGCUCUGUCAGGAUGGGAAACAGGGCUCCUCGACAGACACCGUCUUACGGAGAGUUUGAAACACACAAGAUUUCAUGGUGUGAAUUAGAGAUUUCUUAAAAGAAUGCAGUGAAAAUCAGAAGUAUGUGACGCCUGUAAUGAAACCCAGCGACAGAAAACAACGUAUUGGAAUGGAAUUAAAAGUCAAUGAUGAUACAAACAUGGACGGUGCUUUUCCCCAGGGCUAAACAAAAUGAAUGUUUAACAAUCCCGAGGAAAUUUCAAGAAAAUUACUGCUUCUCUACUGUACAAGGGUAGUUAAACAUCUCUGAUUUUUUCGGAAUGGGGUCUAAGGUUUUUACCAUUCUCUUCGUCCUCUGUUUGUUUUCCGUCGGAAAUUCUAAGAAUUUUUCAAAUUGUGGAAUUCCUAAAUGUCUAUUUCAUCUGCGGACGAUGCCUUCCCAACAGACCAUGGACCACAACUCGGAACCAAUGGACACAAAAGGAGUUGGGGUCAAGAUUUACCUUAGUGCUUCUGACAAUAACACGAAAUGUUACAUGGAUACGAGGAGUUACUUGGAUACAUUUAAAUUUGACGGCAAUCCUUUGUUUGCCGUGUUGAUAUUUGCAUGCAAGAGCGAACUCCAGGUCUACUUCAGCGAUGAUGAUGGACCCUAUCUGCAGAAUGUGAUCGCAUACGUACAGAUUCACACAUGCUUAAUUACCCAGGAGCAGUUGUAUCCCAUCCGGAAAAGACUCAAAAUAUUUAUGUUAAAUUUAAUGUCCAAGUAUCCCCCGUUGGAUUUUAAAUAUUGUGACGGGAGUUCUGUCAACAAAACCAGCUGCAAGGUAUGGAACACCCUGGAGGGAAUAAUGUGGAUGCCGACAGAUUUUUCUGGCUCCGUGACGUCAUUAUAUGAAAUGCUAUACUGCAAUACGACUUAUCCAUAUGUGAAAGAAAUUCAACUUUCGAACGUUCCCAUGCAACAAGAUUUAUCGAAAUUGCCAGGUACGUUUCCAAGGUUGCAAAUUCUUGGGAUUGAGAAAUCGGACUUAACAGAGCCACCUAAUUUCCCUUGGAGCGAUGUUUGGCUCCAAUUAAGUUUCAAUAUGACACGAAGAGACGCAGCACACGAGGAAUACGCCGGGAUUUUCAACAUGGAUCUGGAAAGAAGCUAUCAUAUGAAAGCUAUGUCUCUGAGUGGAAACAAAAUUUCAAACCUCGCCAAUCACACUUUCAAAGGAUUUUUACAUAAACUUGAUUUAUCUCAAAACAGACUUCAAGUUAUUAGCGAAUUUACUUUUAGAAAUCUUCGAGGCUUCCAACAUCUUGAUUUAAGUUCGAAUGAUCUGCAGAAUAUCCCAAAGGAUUGUUUUAAAGGCCUGAGAGAAUUUCGUCAUCUUGACAUGAAAGCUAAUAAGUUGCUACAUAUUCCAGGAGACAUAUUCGUAGAUAACACAAACCUUGUGUAUGUUGACUUCUCUAGAAAUAAGAUAAGGGCAAUAGAAUCAAACACGUUUUCUCAUUUAAAAUCACUUAGAGAACUUCACUUAGAGUACAAUGAAAUUACCAUUUUCCACCAACAAUCAUUCCCAAGCCAGUCAAUAGAAUUCAAGAAACUUUUUCUCGAUGGCAAUGGUUUUUCUGAAGUCCCAGCAUUCAUAUUCUAUAUGCGGUCCGUUGAUACUAUUAGCUUGCGAAAUUCAAAUGCAAGGUUUCAGAACUUCAGUCAAACCAUAUCAAAUCUGAAAUGGGGGGAUGAGAAGAGUCCUCAGAGUUCCAUAAACGAAACGAAAUCCAUUACGAGGCAGCAAACCCAAAUCAUACAAAAUGUUCUUGUUGAUUUUACCGGAAGUAAAAUUGACAAUCUAAACUUACCAAGUUACAAUCUCAGUGAUAUCAAAGUUAAAGAAAUAGAGGAACUACAUGAAAAUGUUUUGCAUGUCUUCAAAACGUUUCGAUUUCGGCUGGAGAACAAUCCACUUCGUUGUGAUUGCGGAAUCAACCAGAUUUCUAAAGUUCUGAGACAUUUUUUAAAAGAAAAUAUGAUUGAAAAGUAUGAAUUUUUCAGUGAUUGGAAAUGCUCUUGGCCCACUGAAUUUCGAAAUCAUUUGCUCUUGGAAAUAGCAGAGAAAGAUACAUAUUGCGAGAAAAGCAUGACUUUUUGUCCGGCUAAUUGUACAUGUUUUGAAAGAUCAGUGAGUGGAGUUAAUAUCAUAGACUGCCGUAAUCGGGGAUUCCAGUCUUUACCUGAAAAGUUACCUUCUGGCAUCUUGGACCUCUGGUUUCACCAAAAUAAUAUUACCACAUUAAAUAAAAGGGAAUACUUAGAUCGAAUAAGAACAUUAACGUUGUCUCGCAAUAAUCUUGCAAUAAUUGAGCCCGGUGUUUUUAAGCAAAUGAAAAUCAUCCAAGAACUUUUUUUGAAUUCCAACUUUUUGGUAUCGUUGCCUUCUGAAAUUCAGGAAUACUUCUCAGGAAUCAUUCAUAUAGAAGAUAAUCCAUUCAAGUGUGACUGUCACACGACCUGGCUAAAGCGAUGGAUGAUACAACAGGCAAAUAUUGUUUUUGACUCGCAAGAUGUGACAUGUAACGUUGACAAAGAAAACGAUGAUGGGCGACAAUUAAUCACUGUUCCCGACAGCGAUUUUGUCUGCUUAGAGGAUUUCGAUUCCUUUAAUAAUGUGCUUGUCCCUAGCACCGUGUGUUCCCUUUUGCUUGUGGCUUUGAUUAUAACAGUCUGUGUCUUGUACGUUUAUAGACUCGAGGUAAAAGUUCUACUUUAUAUUUAUCUUGGUUUUCACCCGUUUGAUCAGGAUAAAGAUUGUAAAGAAGUCAUCGACGUUUUGAUCGUUCAUUCCCCAGAGAUCACGGAAUGGGUAAUGGAGAAUAUUGUGGAAUAUCUGGACUUCUGCAGUUCACAUUAUUUAGUGUGUGAAAUGAUGAGAGACUUUGUUGCAGGAUUUUCAUAUCAAGAAAACAUCGCCACCCUGGUGAAGCAUAGUAAAAGAAUUAUCAUAGUUCUUUCAAAAGAAUUCUUAAAGGAGGAUAUUCUAAAAAUUACAUGGAAUGAAACACAAGAGAAAAUUAAAGCAAUGAAAACCAAUUAUGCUAUUGUUGUUUCACAUGAUGUGAAUCUAAAAGAAAUCCAAAACAAAGACUUACAGCAGUAUGUAAAACGAGGACGCUAUAUAGACGCAUCACAAAGUCUGUUUCAAGAAAAACUUUCGUAUUGCAUGCCACAGCUUAAAGGCGAUGAAAUUCGAAUCAGAAGCUUACCUGAUUUGAAAUAUCUCAUUCAUCAUAUGUACGGAAGUGAUGACAAUGCUGAAUUGUAUGAACGCCAUGCGUUCCUGUCGUACUGUGAGAGUAAUAUUGGAUAUGUUAUGAAUGAUCUGAGACCCAUUUUAGAGGAUAAUGGAUUUACUCUUUGUCUCCCAGAUAGGGAUUUCAUUCCUGGUGCACCAAAAGAAGAAAACGUACUCAAAGCCAUAGACAACUGCUUGCAUACAAUUUUCCUUCUGUCGGGGGAUCAGUUAGACAAUGAAUGGUCCCUGUUUACGUUCAGAUCAGCCAGUGAAAAGUCAAUGCGAGAGAAAUGUAAUCACCUAAUUGUUGUAUUAGGGGAAGACGUGAAUUUGCAAACUAUGGGUGAAGAGGUAAGAGCUUAUGUAAACACUCACGUGUCUCUUAGAGUGAACGAAAAAGGUUUUAUAAAACGAUUACUGAAUGCGCUGCCAGAUAUCGAAAAUCACGAGCUCUACAUUAGGAACGAUGACAAUAAUUUUGUCAACUUUGAAAACUUGCACAAGAAGAAAGAAAACGGUCAUACGACAAUUGUUGCUGACGUCACAGAGCACGGAGGGAAGAAAAACGGGUAUAUAGAGAUGAACGGUAAAGCUCAAAAUGGAGACGUUCAUUUGUCUGAUAUCCAGCUGGAUGGAACUACUCGUUAUCACAACAGAGCUUUUCAGGGAGACGGGAAUGAAGCCGUCGAUAUAAAUGAAAACGAACGGAAAUCUCCCGAAGAUAAACUGCACAGGGUUGUUCACAGCCACCUAAACAGUACGAUGCGCGUGUACUUCCUGCUUAUGAUUCUUACUUUGUUGACGUAUUCCCCCUCAGUGAUGAGCUCAUUGGAGACUCUAUGUGUGCCAAAGUGUUUAAUCCACUGGCGGGAAAUUACAGAUGUUCAUCUCUUAAGCCAAAACGACAUCCCUCUUAAGACAGUGGCCUACUCUUUGUCUCUCGGGGUGCCUUUAAACAACUGUACCUCCAUCAAGCAAUGUUAUGUCAACACAUCAGAAAUACUGGAGGCUUACAAUCUUGGUGACAAGCCUGUUAUUGCUUUCUUCGACAUCCGGUGCUUUAAUCCAAUGGUAGUCCAGAUGACCCCAUAUACAGGAACACAGAUGUCUAAUGUUCUGUCAUAUAUACAAAUAAUGAACUGUCAGCUGACAAAGGAAGUGUUUGAGAUCAUCGGUAAAAUGGUUCGUCCUUUUUCUUUAGUGAUGAAAGAUACCAAGAUUCCAAUAAAUUAUACCCUGCUUAAUGAUACUGUCAUCAGUAAUACGAUGUGUAGCAUGCUGAAUCAAUUGACAACUCUCUGGAUUCAUAACACACCUGGUGAAUCAGAAGGAAAACUUAACUUCGAUGAUCUUGUUAACAUGUUUCAAUGCGACCAUGAUUUCCCAGACAUGAAAGAUUUAACCAUCCACAAUGUUCGACUCAACACAUCUAUAUUCAAUAUCAGUGCUAUAUUUCCAAACAUAGUUUCCUUGGAAAUUACUCUUGCAGGACUUACAGAACCAAUUCGGUUUCCUUGGAAUGACUCAUCUGCAUUACUGAGUUAUAAUCUUUCAUCUUCGGAUUAUAUGCUUAAGCAAUAUGCCAAUGCAAAUCAUAUUACAGUUGAUAGACACCAUUUCCGAAGACUUCUGAAUCUAAACAUGAAUAAGAUCUCAAGUUUACAGAACUAUGAAAUGUAUGGAAAACUGCAAAUGGUGCAGCUUGCAGGAAAUGGACUAUAUGCAAUUAACGAAAAUUUAUUCAGGAAUUUGGAAGAUUUAGAGCACAUAGAUCUUAGUUUAAACAACUUGCAAAUAAUUCCGCCUUUCACCUUCCGCGGACUGAAUUUGUUAAAGCAUCUCGAUGUGCAUUCUAAUAAUCUAACACACAUACAGCCAGAUCUCCUUUUAGAUAACAAGAAAGUGAUCUAUAUUGAUUUCUCAAAUAACAGCAUCGAUACCAUCGGUACAGAUGUUUUCAAAAUGUUGGAGGACUUAAGAGAAUUGCAUUUGGAGCACAACCGUAUUAUCUCAUUAGAAACUUUGGAGUGGCCGAUCUACUCCACUCAGUUGCAAUUAUUAUACUUCGACGGAAAUCCUCUGAUUCAUUUACCGGAAUUCAUAUUUUACCUCAGAGCUUUAAAAACGGCUAGCUUUAGAUAUACACAAAUAUAUUUUAAGAAUUUCACAGGGUACAUUCACGCUCUCCACUACAGCCUUGUUGCCGAACAGCUGCUGAAAGGCUCCGUUGCCAAAAACGAUAUAAGUAUAGAAAUUGUUAUCAAAAACCCCAGAGCAAUUCUUGAUAAUAUUGAGGACAGAAUCCGAGUAAUAGAUUUGACAGGUAGUAAAAUAGAUAACUUGAAGCUGGAGUAUUAUGGAACGGAAAGGGAAAUUCAAAACAGAGUGUAUAUACUGAAUAUAAAAUUACUUCUCAUUUUGAAAUACUUCAAAAUCAUUUUGGACAGAAACCCAUUACGUUGUGAUUGUGGAAUAGUACAACUCAGUAGAUAUAUAGCUCAUAAAAAACAUUCUAAUGAGAGUUUAUUCGAUGGAGAAGAAUAUUUCUUUAACGAUUGGAAAUGCGCGUCGCCGUCGGAGUUUAAAGGCCAACGUAUGUUGAGCAUACCAGAAGCAAAUACGUAUUGUGAAAAGAAUAUUUCAAACUGUCCGAGAAAUUGUAGUUGCUAUGAAAGGUCAAUAACUUACUUUACCAUUAUUGAUUGUCGUAAUCAACAUUAUAUGUCUUUACCAGAACUUUUACCAAGUGGAAUUUUGGAACUUUGGUUUCAGGGUAAUAACAUUUCUACUCUAACUGAUGACACUUUGAACUAUAUACCAAGAAUAAGACAGCUCCUUCUGUCGGAUAAUCAAAUAGUCAGCAUCAGCGAUGCCACUGUUUCAAAAAUGAACAUUUUAAGUAUAUUGCAUCUUGAUUCAAAUUAUCUUGUAUCUCUUCCGAGAGCUCUUGAACACGUACAACUAAUGUCUAUAAAAUUCAUCAAUAAUCCUUUGAAAUGUGAUUGUCACACAAAAUGGAUCAAACACUGGAUGUUAAAGAAUAUGGCCGUCAUCGAAGGUGUCACCGAUGUUACAUGCAAUGUAGAUGACGAGGAGGAAAAGGGGAAAUUUUUUAUCAGCGUUCCAGAUGAGGAUUUUGUUUGUUUAGAAGACUUUGAUUCUAUAAAACAUGUUGUUGUACCAACUGUCACAUGUUCGUUAGUGCUGCUAGUACUGAUCAUUACACUAUGUCUGAUGUAUGCAUACAGGUUAGAGGUCAAGGUAUUAAUGUAUAUUUACUUGGGGAUUCAUCCAUUUGAUAAAGACGACAAAGAUGGGAAAGAAAUCAUCGACGUUUUGGUUCUUCAUGCCCCAGAGAUGACGGAUUGGGUGAUGGAGAAUGUUGUUAAAUAUUUGGAAUUUCAAAAAGACUACUAUGUCGUCUGUGAAAUGAUGAGAGACUUUGUAGCUGGUUUUACAUACUUGGAAAAUAUUGCUAGCAUUGUGAAACACAGCAAACGGAUGCUGAUAAUAUUAUCACCGGAAUUCAUUGAAGACGACUUGCUAAAAGUUGCCUGGAAUGAAGCUCAGGAAAAGAUCAAAGAAUUGAGAACGAACUACGCUAUCGUUGUGUGUCAUGAGGUGACGUUGAAACAAGUAAUGAUAAAAGAUAUGCAGAGGUAUAUCAAGAGGGGACGUUAUAUUGACGCAACACAAGCUUUGUUUCAUGAAAAACUUCUCUAUUCCAUGCCCCAGUACAAAGAUACGACUGAUAAAACAAAAAGUUUACCUGACAUAAAAUACUUCAUCCAGGAGACGUAUGGAGAAGAGGGUUUCGAUAAUGAUCUGUACAACAGGCACUGCUUCAUUUCGUACGCAGAUAGUGAAAUGCCUUACAUAAUGAAUGAAUUAAGACCAACUCUAGAAAACAAUGGCUAUUUGCUAUGUCUUCCUGACCGAGACUUUGUUCCAGGAGCUUCAAAAGAAGAGAACGUUCUAAAAGCCAUUGAUAGUUCACUACACACUAUCUUUAUCCUUUCUGGGAAUCAUCUACAGGACGAGUGGUCUGUUUUCACUUUUAGAAUAGCAAGUGAGAAGUCCUUGCGCGUCCGAAGUAAUCAUUUAAUCGUCAUUAUUGGCGAGGACGCUGACUUAGAAACAAUGGACGAUGAAGUGCAAUUUUACAUCAAAACUCACGUGACUCUUAGAAUUAAUGAAAAGUGGUUCGUUAGGAAACUGUUGAACUCUUUACCGGACGUGGAGACUCAGCUUCCUAACAUAAUUGAUCAUGUUGGAAAUAAAGUCCAGCCGCAGCAUCAAAAAAGAAUUGGAGAACCUAGAACGGUCGUGGCAGAAAUUAAUCAUAGACUAGAAAACGGUAGAGUCAAUAUUGGAAAUGGAAACGCAGAAAAUGGGACUAUCAAAUUUGUCAAUGGCGCUUAUAUUAAUGACGAAGACAUUCAUAUUGAAUUAAGAGACGAAAUUGUUUGAGGUCGAUAUGUUGAUCCAUAUAACAGUAGGAUUUGUGACACCAGGAGAACCCGGAAAUGAUUAAUAUAUAUGUAUUUUUAAAAUAUGUAUUUUGUUACUGUCUCAUAUUUUGACUAUUAAUUAUAUAUGGUUUCUGUAAACUAAAUUGUGUGGUACUUCUUGAGUAUAUUGCUUAAAAUCGUUUCCAAUGUGACACUUUUCAAAAAUGUAGAAAUGUUUAUAGACAGUCGUAAUUUGUCCAUUCGUUAGAUUCUUCACAAUAUUGUCCGGCGAAGGCAACCAUUUAGUUUAAAACUUUCAGAAGUUUUAAAAGUGAAAUUGGAAGUUGAAUAGUGAUUAGUAAACGAAUGUAUAACUGAUAUAGCUCAUCCUAAGAUAAAUUUCAUUCUGUUAUAUUUAAUUGUAGUACUUAUACAAAUGUGAUAUUUCAAUACUGCUCAAAAUUCAGUCAUUGUAUUGUCUAUGUGAUUACUUAAAUGUCUAAAUUUAUAUUUAGGAUAAAAUUGUAUUUCAACUUCUAUUAUUGUUGUUCAUAGUGAAUGUAAAUGUGUAAACAUG